GCAAUAUCCGGGUCCCGGUGGAAGUGCGUGAGCGCGGCUGCGCGUGAAGAGGGGCCGUGACCGCCAGAGACCGGCAGCGGCGGACGUGGCAGUAACCCGAGAGCCCGAGGCUGGGAGUCGGGCUGCAGCUUCCGUUUCAGGUAGGUGGAGUUUGGGGAUGAACUUACCCAAAUAAAGAUGAAUCAGCAAGAUCGCAUGGCAUCAUCUUAUGGACCACCUCAAUCUGGUUACCAAGGGUACCAACAGAUGGGCUAUAACAGUCCACAUAUGGCAGGUGUUCCACCUUCUCAAUAUGGACCAUACAAUGGGCCUGUCCAAGGCUACCAACAAGCUGCUCCAGCACAAGGUUGCCCUUCCUAUCAAAACUAUUCAGGUGUUUUCUCUAAGGGAUCUCCUAUACCUCUCACUGACUCUGCUUCUGUUGCACCUUCCUACUUAGGUCCUUUAAGGCCACCGUCAACAUCAGGAGCACCCCCAACUUCAUUACCUCCUCCUACGACUGCACAACAGCCUGUUUAUAACCAGUAUGGGCAGGGAGAUAUACAUAAUGGGCCUGCAGUGCCUAAUCAGAUGCAAAGGCCUCCAUUAUCUCAGCCGUACAUGCCAGCUACUGUACCUCCUCAGCCUGGUAGUCAGCCUGCAUCAUACCAACCUUAUGCAAUACCUUUCAGUAACGCUCAGCAAUUAUCAAAUCAGAUGGCAGGAAUGCAGAUCAGUGGUCCUGCUUCUAGACCACCACCUCCUGUAGGUCAAAUAUAUGGCCCACCGACGUCCCAUCCUCAAACUACAGGAAAUUUGCAACCUACAGGAGUGCCAGCAUACACACAAUAUUCUAAUCCAAUGCAGAGUAUUCCUACAAAUGUAUUGCAGGGCAUUGGUCCUCCUCAGCAUCCUUUUCCUGGACAACCUGCCCAACAUCUUGCUGCUCCCCCAGGAUCUACUCUUACUUCUCCUCCUACAUCUUCUGGUCCGACUAGCGGGAAUCUUCCUCCCCCACCUGGAGCACAAAGAUCCCAAGUCAUGCAUGGACCACCACAAGGACAGCCCCCUCCUACAGGAUUUGUUCCAACCCAGCAUAACCACAUAUCACCUACUGUUACUCCAGCUGGAAUGCCUGGGGUAAUGCCUGGCCCACCAAUGCAAGGGUUUCAAGUACAUCCAACUCAGCCUGCUCCGGGAUUUGUACCUCAACAGAAUGGUUCUUUUGGACAAAUGAGGGGGCCACAGCCAAACUAUGCUGCACCUUACACUGGAACAGCUACGUACAAUAGUCAGCCUCAACCACAGCAAAAACGCCUGGACCCAGACAGCAUUCCAAGUCCUCAACUUAAUGAACUGCCACCUCAACAGAAAACAAGACAUAGAAUAGACCCUGAUGCAAUUCCUAGUCCAAUCCAGGUGAUUGAAGAUGAUAAAGCAAAUCGAGGAUCUGAACCAUUUACUACUGGUGUAAGAGGACAAGUUCCGCCACUUGUUACCACUGACUUUGUAGUGAAAGAUCAAGGGAACGCAAGUCCACGAUUUGUUCGAUGUACAGCUUAUAAUAUCCCUUGCACCUCAGAUAUGGCCAAACAGUCCCAAGUUCCUCUCACUACUAUUUUUAAACCACUCGCUACAUUGCCAGUUGAUGAGACUCCCCCAUAUGUUGUAGAUCAUGGCGAGACUGGUCCAGUGAGGUGUAACCGAUGUAAGGCCUACAUGUGCCCUUUUAUGCAAUAUAUUGAAGGUGGCCGUAGGUUCCAAUGUGGAUUCUGCAGUUGUGUCACUGAAGUACCAUCUCACUAUUUCCAACAUUUGGAUCACACUGGCAAAAGAGUGGACUAUUAUGAUCGUCCAGAACUGUCACUUGGUUCCUAUGAGUUUCUGGCAACUGUAGACUACUGUAAGAACAACAAAGUACCCAAUCCUCCUGCUUUCAUCUUUAUGAUCGAUGUAUCCUACAAUGCAAUGAAGAGUGGACUAGUUCAUCUACUCUGUGAAGAGUUAAAGACUCUAUUGGAUUAUCUUCCAAGGGAAGGAAAUGUAGAAGAAUCAGCAAUAAGGGUUGGUUUUGUGACCUACAACAAAGUGCUCCAUUUUUACAAUGUGAAGAGCUCAUUAGCACAACCACAAAUGAUGGUGGUGUCUGAUGUGGCAGACAUGUUCGUACCUUUACUUGAUGGAUUCCUGGUCAAUCUAAAUGAGUCGAGAACGGUAAUAAACAGUUUGUUGGAACAGAUUCCUGAGAUGUUUGCUGAUACCAGAGAAACUGAGACAGUUUUUGGCCCGGUCAUUCAGGCUGGUAUGGAAGCUCUUAAGGCAGCAGAAUGUGCUGGAAAAUUGUUCAUCUUCCACUCCUCCCUGCCUCUUGCUGAAGCGCCUGGAAAACUGAAGAAUCGAGAUGACAAGAAGCUUAUUAGCACAGACAAGGAAAAGAUUCUGUUCCAGCCUCAGACUAACUUUUACAAUAACCUGGCCAAGGAAUGUGUCACUCAAGGGUGCUGUGUGGAUCUCUUUCUGUUCCCUAAUCAGUAUAUUGAUGUGGCUACAUUAGGAUUGGUUUCCUACCAAACAGGAGGUUCAGUUUACAAGUAUACCUAUUUCCAGGCACAAACAGAUGGUGAACGAUUCCUAAAUGAUUUACACAGGGAUGUUCAAAAAGUGAUAGGAUUUGAUUCCGUGAUGAGAGUACGCACAAGCACAGGAAUUAGAGCAACUGAGUUCUAUGGCUCCUUCUACAUGAGUAACACAACUGACGUAGAAUUAGCUGCAUUAGACUGUGAUAAAACCAUCACUGUAGAGUUCAAACACGAUGACAAGUUGAGUGAAGAAUCUGGAGCUCUACUUCAGUGUGCUUUGCUGUACACUAGUUGCAGUGGACAAAGAAGAUUACGUAUACACAACGUAACCCUCAAUUGCUGUACUCAGCUUGCUGACCUGUACAGAAACUGUGAGACUGACACACUUAUCAACUACUUUGCUAAAUAUGCAUACCGUGGUGUGCUCAACAAUUCGACAAAGUCUGUACGAGACACCUUAAUUAACCAGAGUGCUCAAAUCCUGUCAUGCUACCGCAAGAAUUGUGCAAGUCCAUCAUCAGCUGGGCAGCUGAUCUUGCCAGAAUGUAUGAAGCUACUGCCUGUGUACCUGAACUGUGUCCUGAAGAGUGACGUGUUGCAGCCUGGAGCUGACGUAUCUACUGAUGAUCGGGCCUAUAUUCGUCAGCUUGUUACAUCCAUGGAUGUAGCAGAAACAAAUGUAUUCUUCUACCCACGGUUGUUGCCAGUGCACAAGAUGGAUGUUGAGAGUGAUGACUAUCCAGUUGCCAUUCGUUGCUCAGAAGAGCGUUUAUCAAAGGGUGGCAUCUACCUGCUGGAGAAUGGAUUGAGUCUCUUCCUGUGGGUGGGAAUGAACACUCAGCAUGAUCUGAUCCAUAGCAUCUUUAAUGUGCAGUCGUUUGGUCAGAUUGACUCUGGACUGAAUGCCCUGCCAAUGCUGGAUAAUCCUUAUUCUAAAAAGCUAAGGUCCAUGGUUGAUAUGAUUCGUGGUCAAAGGCCCAGGUUUAUGAAGCUCCUGAUAGUGAAGCAAGAAGACAAAAUGGAGUUACUCUUCAAACACUUUCUCAUGGAGGAUAAGAACCUAAACGGUGGAGCGUCGUAUGUGGACUUUCUGUGCCACAUGCACAAGGAGAUCCGGCAGCUACUCAGCUAAAUUACAUCAGCAGCGCUGUUUACUCUAACCCGCUGUUGGAACCCAACAUUCUCGAAGUGUAACCCAGGGGUCCUGUCUAUCAACAGCUGCCACAGAUGUGACAUGAGCACAUGGCUAACUUGUUAAUACUGAUGUAAUGUAAGGAAUUAAUAGAACAGUAUAAUGUAUAUGAUUUAGAAUCUUAUAUGAGAGCUAUCUUUUCAACACUGGUAUUGCUGUGUUCUUUGUGUAUGAGGAAGAGAGGAGAGGAAUGCACUGAGUGUGUUUUGAAUGUAUGAAAGGGAAAGCCCUAAUACACAAGCUUUCAAGUAAAAAAAAUUGAACAAAAUCCAGUUUGUGGCUUUGCUAACAUGGUUCGACUUUCUGGAAAUUAUUUUUAUAUACAUCUAAAGUAAUCAUUUCAUGUUGUACAACAGCCUUUUUUGUUCUGUCUGUUAAUUAGGUCUUUAAAUGUGAUUAGAUUUGUGAAUGAAAUAACCCUAAAUCUAUUCACCUUACUUGUGUGAAUGUUUGAUUUCUGUUGAUUAAAUUCCUUGGUCUACUUUACUCCCUUGCAGAUUCUUGGUGGACAGUAUGACUUUUAGGAAAGGGCACUGGGAAUGUUUUUUAAUUACUUACAAAUGUGUCAGUAUUUUUGUGUUUCAGAUUUUAAUAUACUACUGGGGAAGGGAGCAUGUAGCAAAGGAAAUGUCAAACUGCACUGUUCAUAGUCACUGAUGACCAUUUCACCCAACUCUUGUACCUUAGUUUACAGAGCCUUAGCAUUAGCCAGCUAAACACAUUCAAUCUAAGAAGGCAUGUUGUAAUUUAAUCCUUCCUUGUAUUAGCCUCAUGUCUUGAUUGUGUACUUAUAAUUGCAAGAAUUUGUGAUGGAAUUUAAUGGCAAUUCGUAAGGAAGGAAUACAUUACUAAUACUGUAACCAUUACAAAUGAUGUGGGCAGUGGUGAUCCACAUUUCAUUUCUGGUGAUUUUUUUCUUCCUCUUUUUCUCCUCCUCCCACCACUCCCCCCCCACCUUCCUGGAUAAAACUUUGUAUCUUCCAGUUCCUAUUUAUUGGAUUUCCAUGCUGAUUUUUGCAGCCUGCUGUAAAAGAAAAUGUGCUGUUGUAAACGGGACAUUAAUUUUUAAUGCAAUAAAUACAUUUCUUUUCAAAUGUC